CUUUUCUCCUCUCCACCCUCCAAAAACUUUCACUCUCUUCAAUUCUAAUGGCGGUUUCUUCAAUCUCUGCAACCCUAAUUCCCUCUCUUCCUCUCUCCAAUUCCUCCCCAUUUCCUUCAUCCAAAUCCAAGUUCGCUUCUUUCUCUAUCCCCACUUCCCACAAUGCCAUAAAGGUUUCAGCUUUGAGACCCUCACAGUCCUCCACUAGGGUUUAUGCUGCUCCUGAAGUCCUCGACAGCCCUCUACCCCCGCCGGAAAUCCUUGAUGGCUCCAAUUCCGAUGAGACUCCGAGCACUUCGUCACUCAGCAUUGGUGGGGAUGAUAAGAUAACACCAAAGCAGAAAAUUAGGAUUAAGCUUAGAUCAUACUUUGUUCCUCUGAUAGAGGAUUCUUGCAAGCAGAUAAUGGAUGCUGCUAGGAACACAAAUGCAAAGACCAUGGGUCCUGUGCCUUUGCCAACCAAAAAGCGGAUCUACUGUGUUUUGAAAUCACCCCAUGUCCACAAGGAUGCAAGGUUCCAUUUUGAGAUCCGUACCCACCAGCGACUUAUUGACAUUCUUUACCCAACAGCCCAAACAAUUGAUUCCCUUAUGCAACUUGACCUUCCUGCUGGAGUUGAUGUUGAGGUCAAGCUGUGAAGAAGCGGGGUCUGCUUAGAGCUAAUUUUCCAUGUUAGGUGCUGGAUUUCUAGUAAAUGGAUUUGAAGGUGGAUCAAUGGCUCAGGUUCAUAUUGUGGAGGGUGAUAAACCUCAAGAGCAAGCUUUAAGAUAGUUUGACCUUUUCGUAAAAUUCAUGUGUUUUGGCUAUGUUGUAAGCUGUGUCAUGGGAUAUUUGAAUUGCCGAUUUUGAAUUUGGAAGUGGAAAUAGAGAUUGGCAGUAUAUCUUUGCAUAUGCUCAGUUACUCUGUUUAGAAUGUUUCAAUUUCAUGAGCCACUGAAAAUGUAAUGUCAAUAGGAAAUUAUAUUACAUUUUACUUUGUAUG